GCCCCGAGGUUCCUGCAGCGCGCCUCCUGGCCAAGAUCUCGGCCGCGAUCCGGGGGCGUGACCUUGGAGCGCUGAACCUCGGCCUGGUGCGCGCCGAGGUUGAGAGGGCAUGCGGACUCGAGGUGGGCAGCCUGGACGCUCGCAAGAACGAGAUCAACGAGCUCAUCGUGGAGGAGGCGCAGCGCUGCAUCGAGGCGGACACUCCAGAGAAGGGCCCGCACAGGAAGAGCGGGCGCAAGCGGCAGCGUGCUCACCCGAACGCUGAGGACACGAAGCGAGCACGGAGUUCCGGCAUCAGCGGCGGCCCGGCGCAGGGCCCCGCCACCGCGGCGCAGGCGGGCUUCCUGGGCAGCGCAGCGCCCCUCCGGGUCCAGGCGGGCGCAGCGGGGGGGGGGGACCGUGGCGAAGGAUGGUUUCGCGGUUUGGACACGAUCGUUGCGUCGUUUCCGCCCCGCGCAACCGCCCGCGCCUCCCAGCAAUAGUUGAGAUGCACUGGUCCGCUCCCGCGAAAGAUCGCACUAUCGCACCUACCCCCGCCCCCCCAUUUGGGUUGCUUCCGUCGCUCCAGCAUGAACUGCGCCUCCUCGGCCUCCAGUUCGUCCUCCGCGUGGAGAGGAUCGGUGGGGCAGCCGUUGCCGUCGCUAUCUGCCUUUGGGCGCAGGCUCGAGGGCAGAGGAUCGGUCACGGCACGCCGGGCCAGCUCGGCACAGCGAGCCGGCAGGGGUGAAUUCCGCACGGCCCCAUCGAAACAGUGUCCAGGCGUGGGCGGCGUGGGCGGUUCCGUGGCGCAGGAGUGGUUUUGCGACUCAUUGCAAGCCCUCCCCCUGCGGGUCCAGUCGACACUGGGGUCCACUUCGCUGCAGACACCCGUUGAAUUCUGGACCCCAAUUGGUUUUUCAGGAGUCUGACCCGCAGGGACGGGCAAGGUUCACACGUGGUUGCCUGUGGUCCUCAUGUUCGUCCUCCUCCG